AGAGCCCCAGGAGACACCUGGAAAGAGCCAGCUCUCUGCUCUGCCCCAAGGGGAUAAUGGCAUGGAUUGAAGGGCUCUUCUGCUCCCCACAACACAUCCCCCACUCUGCUCUUGGGAUCCCUAAACUUAGACAUGAGCUCCUGCUGCUCGGGGUAACCACUCAGCCUGUGUCUGUGCCCAGCUGCUGAUCUGCUCUCUUGGUGUUCUACAGUUCACUCAACUGUGCUGCAGACACGGGGAGAAAUAGUGGACAUGGAACAACGCAGAGAGCUGAACACCAGCCCCGUGUUGAGCCUCAAGCCCAUGGAACCUUCACUGGGAGAUCAUGGAACUGUAACACUUCUGGUUGCCCUGACCAUGAGCGCUGAGGGUGGUGUCAGCAGCCUGGAUAGCUCCAGAAGAAAUCCAUAUCCCCCUCAGCAUCUCUUGGGGAACAAAGGUAAAACAAGUGCUGGUCACCUGAGGGCCAAGGCCAAGAAAAAGCUGCACAAGGCUGAAAGCAUCAAGACUGCAAAAAUCACUGUCCCACACCAGCCCCAGCCUGCCAGGCUGAAGCAUGUGGUGGAAAAGACACCCUCAAGCUGGCAUCAAGAGAAGAUGGAGUCACGUUUAUACUGGCAAGGAUUGAAGCCCUCAGCUAUAGCUGGUGGAUUAAAACAUGCUGACGAUCCCUCCAUCUCUGGACAACACAGAGAUGAAGAGGAAGAUCCAGCUGCCAAGAAGUACCACGUCAGGACACACAAAUGGCACAAGAAGAAGGACAGCCAGUAUUGGGUUGGACAUAAUCCACUUUUCUACCAGGUGUUGAGCCCUGUGAAAGUGGAGCGAAGGUCCAGACCAGCCCAGGCUCUAAACAGGAACGUGGAUUUUCUCUCUGACCCGUUGGUUCAGAGCCACCCCGCUGUGAGCAGCAGACGAGGAGCCACGGCUGAAGAGAAGCAUUCCUCCAUCGGCGGCCACCCCCUGCUCAUGCCUGACACCAGAGAGGAGGAAGACUCCAUGCUCCUCCAUAAACCUGUGAGACCCCGAAGUGCGGACCUUGCGCCAGUACUAAAAGAACUGGAAACCAAUGUUGAUCAUCAGCAGCAGUUGAUGGAGGCACACAAAGGCCUGAAGACAUUCAUGGCCCACGUGGAGCGAGCCCUGAGGAGGGACUGCAGCCUGCCCCAGCUCAAGCAGGCCUGUGCCAAGAUGGUCAAAAAGACCAGGCUGCUUCUAAAGGUGCUCCAAGGGAGGCAAGAGAACCAGGGAGCCUAUGAUCCAAUGGAGCAGUGUCGUCGGCAAGAGAACAUGAUCAUUCACAUGGCCUUGGGGAAGGACAAGGGACUCACAGGGAAGCAAAAACUGGAGGUUGUGGUGUACGUGAUCACAUUUGUGGUUUUCCUGGUUUUCUUCAUCUUGGUUUUCCUGAUACUGAAGUGUGUCUUCCACAAGCGCUCCCGACAGAGUGAACUUGACUCCCAGCCUGGCCACACCAGGAAAUUGUGGCUGAGAAGGUUCUGUGUAAAACUGCCACAGAGAGGGAGGAAGGGUAACAAGGAGGCACAGAAUGUAGAGCAGCCUUUGCUCUACAGGGCAGAGAGCUCCUCCAAGUGUUGCCCCUGUUCCCAGGCUGUUCAUGGUGCUUCCCAGUGCUGUUCCCUGUUCAGCAAGUCUGAAUUGUUGUGGAUUCAACGCAUCAGGGAUGCCUAUGAAUCCCAGAGAUAAGCAUCCUGGGAAGAGGCAUAGUGAGAAGAAGUACGGUAGAAGACUUUCAAGACGUUAAUGGCAUGCCACAAUUCUUCACCUACCAUUUAACUGAGGCUCUCCUUGGAUGCUGCUUUGUUGGCUGUUUUUUGUUUCCUUACAUGCUUUUUCCUUGACUGUUAUUUUGUUGCUGUCACUGCUGAGGCAAGGCCAGAGGGUGCUGCAGGCAAGCACAAGCUCUGGGACACCGAGAGAAGGCAUCAGUAUCUCAGGGUUUUCCUCAUCCCUUGUCGCAAUGUUUUCCCCUGCAGUCAAUAAAAACCAAGUUUGUUCUCGUU